CUCUUCCUUCACUUCCUGCAGUGGCAGUUCUCCGCUGCUGGUUGGUUUGUAAACAUGGCGACUGCUGGUGCAUCUGGAGAUGACCUGAGGAAGGAACUGACAUGUGCUAUUUGUUUGGACUUCUUCAAGGACCCCGUUAUUCUGAAAUGCGGCCAUAAUUUCUGCCGCUUUUGCAUCUGUAUGCACUGGGAUGAAAAUGGCGGAGACUAUGGGUAUCAGUGUCCUCAGUGCCGAACGGUGUUCAACAAGAGGACUUUCACUAAAAACUAUCUGGUGCAGAACUUGGUGGCCAAACUGGACGAUCUGGAGUGCCUGGGUGCUUGUCCUGCCCCCUCCAAGCCUGUGAAAUUUGGUGAAAAGUGUGAGCAUCAUGGUGAAGAGCUGAAACUCUACUGCCAGACCGAUAAGAGGCCUAUCUGUGUUGUCUGCAGGGAAUCUAGAUCACACAGACACCAUGAUGUGGCACCAGUGCCAGAAGUUGUGACUGACAUGAAGAUGGAACUGAAACUGAGGCUAAUGGAGCUCAACUGGCAGAAGUCUCAAUGUGUAAAAGUUGUUACGGCUGAUGAGCUCACUAAAAGUGAACUGAGGUUGAAAAAGCAGAGACUCAAGGAAAAGAUUGAAGCAGACGUCGGUGCCUUGGUCCAGUUUUUGCUGGACGAGAGGGACUCGCUGCUUGAGAGCCUGGACGCUGAGGAAGUGGCCACCAUGGCUGUUAUAGAUGAUAACUUGAAGACUGUGGAAACGGAAGCAGCAGCUGUGGACAAAGCUAUAGCAGCUAUCCACAGCCAGAUCAAUGGAAAAACUAACUUUGAGAGCCUUGCUGAGACAUUUAAUGAAGUUGUACAGUGCAAGCCUUUCACCUCUUUGGAGCCGGUUAACUGUCCGACAGAAUUUACAGACUUCUCAGGGCCCUUUCAGCUCAUCAUGUGGAAAAAGAUGAUGCACGUGCUGCACACCAUGCCCCAGAACCUCACCUUGGACCCAGACACCGCUCACCCGAACCUGCUUAUCUCGGACUUUGACACCAAAGUGGAGGAGGGCCGUGUCCGCAGCCAGGAGCCAGACCUGCCUGCCCGCUUCAAUCGGUUCUGUGGCGUCCUCUCCACAGCCCAGUAUGCUAGUGGCCAGCACUACUGGGAGGUGGAUGUGAGGGACAAAGGUGUGUGGUACCUGGGAGUGACCACAGAGUGCAGCAACAGGAAGGGCUUCGUCAGCCUCACACCCUCCGCAGGAUACUGGAGCCUGUGCCUGCAGGACAGGCUGUACGCCAAUGGGGAGGACGGACGCAUUCCAGUUGCCGACUACUGGAAUUCUCCUCGCGUGGGUGUGUACCUGGACUAUGACAACGGGCGUCUUAGCUUCUAUGAUGCUGUAACAAUGAAGAGGCUGUACAUGUUUGACACCUGCUUUGAGGAGCCUGUCUACCCUUUCUUCAGCCCAGGGAAAAAUGACCCAGGCAGCAGACUGCAAAUAUGCCACUAUUACUGAGAGUUUAAACAAGUUUAACGCCUGCGUGUUCAUUUCUGCCUGUUGGCAAGGCUUUAUCUCAUAGAUCAGGCUGGAGUGAUAGGCUGAUGUUGACCCUUGAAGUCAUGUAUGCUUUUGAGUUGUCUUACUGGUUUUUAGAAAGUACAUUUUACAUUGAAUAAAAAGUACCAGGUGUACACAAA